CUCUGUGUUGCUUGUUAAUAUAAGUUCAUAAAUAUCUCUUCCACUGGAUUGUAUUUCAAUCAUUCUCUUGCUUCAAGACUGAGUCGCCAUACAAAUUUCUCUUUUAAGAUAAGAUUUCUUCUCUGUUCACCAUGAGUAAACAGGAUUUGCUGAAGGUCCAGACAUGUGUUUUGAGAGUGAACAUUCACUGCGAGGGCUGUAUGCACAAGGUGAAGAAGAAGCUGCAGAAGGUCGAAGGAGUGUAUAAGGUGAGUAUAGAUUCGGAGCAGGGGAAGGUGACGGUGUCGGGAAAUGCAGAUCCGGCGAGCCUAAUCGAGAAGCUUGAGAAGGCGGGGAAGCACGCCGAGCUCUGGGGCCCGCAGAAGGGCGCCGGAACGACGCCGUUUCCGAUCUCGCUCGACCAGCUUAAGAAAUUCCAGAUUGAGAAUUUGAAUAAGAAUAAUAAUCAGAAGAAUGGAUCCGUUCAGCAACUUCCUUUUAAGAAAGGAGUUGAGAAGGUUCCGGCGAAGGACCACAAAUCGGUCAGAUUCGAGUUGCCGGAGGACGAUGGUGAAGAUGAUUACGACGAUGAUGAUUUGGAUGAGUUUGAUGAGGAGGAUGACGAUUUCGAGGAUGAAUUUGGGGAAUUUCAUGGUAAGCCGCCCGUGAAAGGGGCUGUUGGUGGCGGUGGUGGGAAGAAGCCGAGUAAGGGCGAAAAAGGCGGUGGUAAAGAGGGGGGGAAGGAGAAGAAGAAGGGCGGCGGCGGCGGCGGUGGGAUUGAUAUGUUCAUCAAGGGAAUGUUGAACAAGGCUGGUGGGAAGAAGAAGGGGAAACCGGAGAAGAGUAGCAAGAAGAAAGAGGGAUUUGAGUUGGGAGAUGGUAAAAAGGGGAAGAAUGAUGAUGAUGGAAUAAAUGGAUGGAGCAAGAAAACAGGGGAUAAUUUACAUGGAGGCAAACAGAAGCAUCAUAAUCAGCAGCAGCAGGCUUUCAAUGAGAUGAAAGGGAAUCAUAAAGGAGGUGGUGUUGGUGGUGGUGGAGGCAGGAAUAUGGAGAUGAUGGGGCUUGCGCCGAUGAACAACGGUGGGGGGUUCCCGGGGGGUGGACAGGGGAAUCCAUACAGCCAGCAGCAGCAACAAUACAUGGCUCAGAUGAUGAUGAUGAAUCAGAUGAAUCAGCCUGGCCAUGAAGGGGCCUAUCAUCACCCCAUGGCUUAUGCAAGGCCGCCGCCGCCUGCGCACAUGGGCUACGGUGGUCCGCCACAACCGAUGGGCUACGGUUACGGUCCUUACGGAGCACCACCGCCGGCCUCAGGGGGGUAUGCUCAUAUGUUUAGUGAUGAGAAUACUGAUAGUUGUAGUAUUAUGUAAAAAAAAUUUGGGGGGUUUUAAUCUUAAUUUAGUGGUAGUUUUUUGUUGCCAUCAUUAGUUUUAUCAUCGAUUGUAUUUUAUCAUGUGUGUUGAUGUUAUGAAGCAGUUGAGGGUUUAUUA